AUGCUCGACUUCAUUCAGAGUCGAGGCGUGGUUGGUUUCAUCAAUGGCACACUUGAGGCUCCACCUGAAAAGGUCACCACAUCAGUCGCAGAUGCUGGAGGCGAGAUUGAGAUUGAGAUUGAGAAUGAGGACUACAAAUCCUGGAAAAGAUCAGACGAUCUUGUACGAGGAUGGAUCAUCACCACACUUGACUUAGAUAACCGACUACGCGUGAUUCAAUAUAAGACUGCUAGAGAGGUGUGGACUGCCUUGGAGAAAAUGUGUGAUCCAUCUCAAGCUUUCCACGAACAAGAAGAAGAAAGACAGAAAGUAAACCAUUACCUCCCACUGCACAUAGCUGCAAUCAAAGGUGAUUGGGAGAGCGCCAACAAAUUUAUAGAACAAGAACCAGAUGCAGUCAGGGUUCCCGUCACUGGAUUAAGACAAACAUCACUUGUCGUCGCCAUUAGGUUGGCGCGGAGAAAUGAAUUUGUGAAGAAGUUAAUAGAGAAGAUGUCACCAGAGGAUCUAGCUCUAGUCGACUCCAGAGGCAGGACAGCCCUUCAUGAAGCUUCAAUAACUGGUAAUGUUGAGGCAGCCAAACUAUUAGUGCAGAGGAACACAAUCUUGCCUAAUAUUCUGGACAAGAAGGGACGAGUACCUCUCUAUUAUGCUGCUAAUUUUGGUUUUAGAGAGAUGGUUCUGUACUUAUUGGAUGUCACUAGAUCUUUGGAUGUCAACACAGAACAUUUGGAGCCAAAACCUUUGGGUGUCAACAAAGAAAAUCUGGAGCCAAAACCAUUUGAAGACAGAUCAGGUGUUACACUUUUGUAUCGGUUGGCAACUAGUGGACUUUAUGGUAAGUAAUUAAUGUCUAUUAUCAAUUUAGAAAAAAUAUUUGAGUCUGUAUUUGGUUUAUAAAUUUAAUGAGGGAU